GCGAACAGCAGCAUAAGCUGUAAAACUUUUUGAAGAGUUGAUUGUGAUACCAAACCAAGCCUUAAGUCACGUUCAUUUCAAACUUCAAACUAAGUAGAAGGAUACCUGCUAUGGCUUCUAAUCUUCCAACUAUCGCUGCCUCAACGGCAAGGUCCGCUGCCACGACGACGUCGUUUCAGGAAAAACAUUACCGUUCGGUCUUCGAGCUCUCACCUAGCGUCUUCGACUCUUGCUACUUUCUACCUUCUACUCACUCUUCGAUUUACGAGCCCAACGACAAUGAUCGUCGCAACGCAGGCCUUGAAACGCCCUCAAACAACGUCGUCGCCGAUGGUCCCCAAGACACCGUCGUUUCAGCGCCUAGGUGGACGUGCAACACCUGUAAGGCCCAAUUCGAUUCCCUCCAAGACCAGCGUUCGCAUUUCAAAUCUGAUAUUCAUCGAUUCAAUGUGAAGCUGACAGUUGCGGGAAAGAAUAUUGUUAAGGAAGAGGAUUUUGAGGUGUUGACAUCUGAAUUUGUCAAAGACUAUGAUGUUUCAAGCAUAUCAGGAUCAGAGAGUGACAGUGACAGUGAAAAUGAGUCUCAAAAUCGCAAUGAAGUGCGUGACAAAUCAAGAGAAAUUCUUAAACAAAAUCUAUUUGUUGGUCUUCAAUCAGGUCAAAGAGUUUCUCUCUGGAAGUGCUUGAUUAUGAAUAUGAGUGAUGAGAAUGGAAGUGCAGAGAACGAAGUGUGUGAGAGGUUGAAAUCUCUGACUCUUGAGCCCAGGGAUAAUAGUCAUUUGCGAAUCGUACUGCUUGCAUCUGGUGGACACUUUGCUGGUUGUGUCUUUGAUGGUGAUGCAGUUGUGGCUCACAAGACCUUUCACAGAUAUGUUGUGAGGGCCAAGGCUGGAAAGAAACAAUCAUCAAAAGAUGCUUCUGGAAGGGCUGCACAUUCUGCUGGUGCUUCACUUCGUCGUCAUAAUGAACUUGCAUUAAAAAAGGCAGAAAAAGAAGCCAAGAGAAAAGCCAGAGCAAAAGAGUUAAAGAAACUAAAGAAAGCCAAAGAAAAGAGGGCACAGGCAGAAGCUGCGUUGCUUAAGAAUGACUCGAAGGCUGCAGAGAAGCAAAUGACUGCCCCAGCUUCUUCUAAGGGACAAGCACAAUCCAAAAGUGGUGUGAAAUUAUCUAAAGAGGAGGAAAUAAGAAGAGCGCAGGCUGAAGAAAGGGAAAAGAGAGCAGCUGCCGCAGAGAGAAGAAUAGCUGCCCUCAAAAUUCAAGAGAACUGUUCAACCUCCACACAUGCCAUUUCAGAACCUAAAGGAGGAUUAGCUGGUGAAAUUUACUGUUCCUGUUGUAAUUCAUCACUUGCUGGUAAAGUUCCCUUCCACCGCUAUAAUUAUAAUUACUGCAGCACAUCAUGCAUGCACGUACACAGGGAGUUCCUAGAAGAUGGAUGACGUGUUUUGAUAUUAUUUUAUAAUUUUAUGUGCAAAUUUAGAUUAUAUCCAUUUUUUUCUUGAAUAAUGGGAAGAAAAGAAAUUAUUUACCUAUAAAGUUUCCCAUAGAUUAUGGGCAUUUGUGAGGUGUUGCUGCUUACAAACAUUGAUUUAUGAUUAGUUUUCUUAUGUUAUGAUGUUCCUUUUGGUAGCUAUAUAAAAUUUUAUGCAAAGUUGCACUA